AUGGAAGACUUCAGAUCCAGAUCGUACGGUGGUGGUGAUGGAAGAACAUCAGACAUUCAACAAUACUCCACACACCAAAGAUCCAACGGUCCAGAUUCAUUCAGUGGUAAUGGUAUGCAAGAUUUCAGGUCAUACAGUACUUCCUACACAGAUUACCCGACCCGAAUACCCGAAGACCCGGAUCCGAAGAAAGGAAGAUCGUCUUCUUCGUCGUCUUCAUGGGGAUUUGUGGAUCCAGAUUUACAGAGGAAGAAGAGAGUUGUGAGUUACAGAGCUUAUACUGUUGAAGGUAAGCUUAAAGGUUCUUUGAGGAAAAGCUUCAAAUGGAUCAAAGAUAGAUGCAACAAAUUACUUAAUUAG